UACGUCCUUUCAACAUCGAUUAAAAAAUAAUAUACUGUACUUCUCUAGAUAAGGUGCCUGUGUAUUAACACCGCGUUGCAGAUGGGUGUUAGCCAGACCACCUGUAACACUUUUUCCUCCUAUUUAAUCGCUGGGUGCUACAGCUGUAUAUACUAAAUAAGGAAUACAAAAACUGAGUGAAAUAUGGACUCCGAAGCUACCAUUAACGUGCUCAUGGUCUCCUACCCAGGACAAGGUCAUAUAAACCCUUUCCUUAGACUUGCAAAGCUCCUUGCUGCUAAUGGUUUGUUUGUAACGUUCUCCACCACAGAAAUCGCUGGCAAACAAAUGCGAACUACAAACAACAUAACUCACAAAUCAGUCACUCCAAUUGGCAAUGGUUUUCUCAAGUUCGAAUUCUUUGAAGAUGGUGGCAUGACGGAUGUUGACGCUGAUGGUUCCAAGUUGAGAAGUCUCACUGACUUCAGUGCUCAGGUUGAGCAUUUUGGGAGACAAUAUGUUUCCCAAGUCAUCAGGGAGCAUGCCGAGGCAAACCACCCUAUUUCAUGCAUCAUAAACAACCCCUUUGUUCCAUGGGUUUGUGAUGUAGCUGCCGACCAUGGUAUUCCUUCUGCCGUCUUAUGGGUUCAAUCUGCUGCUGUCUUAACAGCUUACUAUAGUUAUUUCCACAAACUGCUACCGUUUCCUUCUCAAGCCGAUCCUUAUCUUGAUGUUCAAUUGCCUUCUGUAGUCCUUAAGUACAAUGAAGUUCCGGACUUUCUGCAUCCUUUUAGUCCAUAUCCAGAACUAGGGACGGUCAUACUGGAACAGUUUAAGAACUUAUCCAAGCCAUUCUGUGUGCUGGUGGAUAGUUUUGAGGAACUAGAAAGUGAUUACAUAAACUAUCUUUCAGAGUUUGUGAAUAUAAGACCCAUUGGUCCUUUGUUCAAGAUCCCAACAGCAACAGACACAAGUGAUAUCCGUGGUGAUUUUUGGAAGAGUGAUGAUUGCAUAGAGUGGUUGAACUCAAGGGCAGAGGCAUCUGUGGUGUACAUCUCCUUUGGGAGUAUCGUGUGUCUGCCGCAAGAACAAGUGACGGAAAUUGCACAUGGAUUAUUGGACUCUCAAGUCUCGUUUUUGUGGGUUCUGAAACCACCUUUUGAGGAGUUUGGGCUCCCGCCUUACGUUCUUCCUGAUAGGUUCUUGGAGGAUACGAAAGAGAAGGGCAAAGUUGUGCAGUGGAGCCCACAAGAGAAAGUGUUGGGUCAUGUUUCUGUGGCAUGUUUUGUGACACACUGUGGUUGGAAUUCAUCGAUGGAAGGUGUGGCAUUGGGAGUGCCGAUGUUGACAUUUCCUGCAUGGGGUGAUCAGGUGACAAAUGCCAAGUUCUUGGUGGAUGUUUAUGGGGUUGCCAUUAAACUGGGUUAUGGGCAGGCUGAAAAGAAACUUGUGAGCAGAGACGAGGUGAAGAAGCGCUUAUUGGAAGCAACGGUAGGGCCAAAAGCAGAGGAGUUAAAGGAAAACGCGUUCAAGUGGAAGAAGGCUGCAGAGGCCGCAGUAGCUGUGAAUGGUUCAUCUGCCAGGAAUCUUGAUGCAUUUCUCAAAGACAUAAAAGAAGGUGGAGCUGUUAGUAUCAAUAAAUGAUGCUUCAUGAAGAAAGUAUUGUGGGGUGGAAUACAUAAAUAAAUUAUUAAAUGUCCCUCAUAAAUGAAAGCAAAAGUUAAUUAACUUGGCCCACUCUUCUUACCUAGUACCAGAUUAUUGUCUCUGUACUUAUUAUUUCGAACAAUCAAUGAAUUUUCAUAAACUAUAAUUC